AUGAGCGAAGAGGAAUGUCGACUGGAAAAAGAAAAGAAUAAAGCAUAUGACGAAGAAUAUGAAAAACAGGUAAUACGAAUAUUACACUAUGUCAUUUAAGUUAAAAAAAGAAGGGCCCAUCGGGGAAUUUACGAUAAUCCAGUGGGCCAGUUCGCGCCUGUAUCAUAUGCGCAAUAAAUUUUAAUGUCAUAUCUAAAAAAUACAAUAUUAUAGUCUUAAGGGGAUAGGAAGUGACGCGUUUCUUCUGUUUUUAUCUUACACAUGCGAGAUAUAGGGAUUUAGACGUGUUUUAAUUCUGGAAACGGAUUUGAAUUUGUCGUGAAGUCUUCUUGAGAUCUCACUUUUUAAAUUUAUCUCCUUAAAUUCUAAAAAAAAGUCAUACUAAUAAAAUAAUGGUUGAAAAAAUAUAAUUUUUAAAUUUUUUGAGAAAAUAAAAUCACGGGGAUAAAAAGUAGUGGACUAAGGCGUAGAGCCCGCGUUUCACAAUCCGAAAACGGCUAAUCUGGAUUCUUGGCAGUUUUAUUGCUUUGAAGUGCUCACACACUGACGCUGUAGCGGUAAUGGUAGCGGUGGUGGUAGCGGUAGCGGUUUAAUAGAACUAUAGUGUAUUCUUAUUGAAUUCUAUACACUGCAGCGGUAAAAUGGCUGAAAUAAAAUAUCGUGUCGCGGUUUUGAUAAAUGCAAAUGCUGCAUGAUCAAAUUUUACCGCUACUGCUGGCGGUUAUUCAGGUUUUUUCAUAAUUUUUUUUGAAUAAAUAGUUUUUACAUUUCUCCUCUUUUGAUCCGCCACUGGAAAAUCGCCAGAAUAGCCAGAAUUUUAAUUUUAUAUGAGAUAUUUAUAGAAAAAAUUGAAGGAAGAAUGGUUCCGUAUAAUAACGUCAUCUGAAGCUAAAAAAGGAAACGACAUUAAAAAAAGUACAAAGAAGAAAAUCGUCAAAAAAGAAGAGUUACCACCAGUGCGUAACGCAGGCCCCAAAAUUGAACCACGUAUAGACUUUCGACGGUAUAGACCAUAUGAAGACGGUAUAACAUCAAAAUUUGGUGGACACAUACCAGGAAAAAAAUUUAGCAUUGGUAUAACCGCAUAUGAAAGUUCAAAAAAUGUAAGAACUGUACUAGUAGGAGGAGAUAUUCCUGAAUUUAAAAUAUAA